UUUCGUAACGGGAAAGGAAACGUCGUAUUCUCGAUUCGUAACAGCGUAUCCACGCUAACGUCACCUUUUAAACGUACUCUUGUUUAAUGGGAAUUGAAUCCCAUUUUGAGACGGACAUGCUUGUACUAUGUUUAUGAAACAGACACACUUUGACUGACUUGACUUCACGUGCUAACUGUAUAUUCAUGAUAACUAGCGUUAGUCUGUGGUUAAAGGUCCCAGCAGCAGAGAGGAGGUCGGGAGGAGUAGAGGAGCAGAGGAGGGGAUAAUGCAGCGCAUCCUACACCUCGGGACUCUGCGCCGUUUGGCAGCAGCGCGGCCGGUACUGGUGGGCCUCACCGCCCCAGAGCCACCCGCUGCCUUUUGUUGCUGUGUCCUCCGACUGUCGCUGCCACACCCCACAGGGCGGAGCUGGCUGUCAACCACAGCCUCCAGCAAUGUGGCACAGCAGCCGAAACGCCAGGAACCGCAAGAGGAGCCACAGUCCGGCUCCACGCCUCCAACCCAGGAGGUCCAGAAAGAGGAUGCAGGGUUUGAUGCCUUGGAGGUGGACCCUCUACAGGACAAGUCCAUCGGUUUGGUCCAGAGGUUUAAGAGGACCUUCAAACAGUAUGGGAAGGUGAUGAUCCCUGUACAUCUCCUGACGUCCUCGGUCUGGUUUGGAACCUUCUAUUAUGCAGCUAUGAAGGGUGUGAAUGUAGUACCCUUCCUGGAGUUUAUAGGUUUCCCAGAGUCACUUGUCGGACUUUUGAGAAACUCUUCAAGUGGAUACGCUCUGACUGCAUACGCCAUGUACAAGCAGGUGUGUUUUUCCUUUGUUUUCCUACAGAUUGCAACCCCUGCUAGAUAUACAGCGACCCUGGGCGGCACGUCGCUAUCUGUUCAGUAUCUGCGCAAGCACGGCUACUUGUCCACACCACCGCCGGUCAAAGAAUACAUCCAGGACAGGAUGGAGGAGACAAAGGAAAGAUUUUCAGAAAGAAUGGAGGAAACUAAAGAACUCUUCUCUGAGAAAAUGGAAGAGACAAAGGACAAGCUCUCUGAGAAACUGCAGGGAACCAAAGACCGAGUCACAGAGGGGAAAGCCUUUUUUAGGAAGAAAAAGGAGUAGAGAGAUGUGGGGCAUCUGACUAAAUGACCUUAUUUUGAUCUCAUUUAGUAAUCUGUGUUUGAGGGAAGUAAAGACGGCACUUGUAAGACUUUUCUGAAAGAAGAGCGCAACUUUGUACUACCUUGGUCCUAAAACUUCUCCUUGCACUUCUCAAUUGUCAACUGUUGUCAAUUUUGCCUUUCAAAUCAAGUCUGUAGUUGUCCCACCAACAUGCACUGUAAGUGUAGGCUAGAUGGCAGCACUGCCACACUGGCUCAGUCCUCAGGCUGAGCAAAAUAAUGGGAAACUACAUGGGAGAGAGCAGCACUCAUUCUGCUGCUCUUUGGGAAAAUAAAGCUUAAAGCUCAUGGUUACCUGUCUAAGCCUUUCUGAAAUGCUCUGUAUCAUUGCUUUUCUAAUGUAAUGACCUGAAAAUUCAUUUUAUGAUGUAUUUUAAUCCUAAAGCCCAAGCUAAUAUAUUUAAUUCUCUACAUGUAAGCGCACAACCGGUAAGCCACUGCGAAGCUGCCAUUUAUCCCAGUGGUCACAUGAAAUGUCUUGGGCACUUGUUCUAAAUGCACCAAAUUCUUGUCAGUAAUUCAAACAGAUGUCUGGUGACAAUCACAACUGAAUAAAGUAAACUAAUCAUCCCUAUUUGUGUGCUGAAUGCAAAGGUUACAUGGACCUGUGUUGGCACUCAAAUCUUUAGAUGGAGGUGAUGCGUUUGUCCCAUUUGACAGUGAAUGGAAAAAAAAAAAAAAUCUUAGUCUAUACUUGAGUCUUGUUGAACUCUCAGAUGCUCACACUUCGAGGUGUAUGUGCUGCUGCACCCGGUCCAAUAUCACCAGAGACUCAGUGAACAGAGCAGACUGUUUAAAGCUGUACUUCCCAAACUGGGUGGCGUCAUGAUACUAAUGCAAAAUAAAAGUUUAAAAAUCC